CGACGUUUAACGCCGCGGCAAACAGUAUAUAACGGAGCGAAACGUACUCUUCUCUCUCCCUCUCUCUCUCUUUCGUCUCCUUGUCCUAAGUUUUUCAUCGUUAUCUUCUUCUUUACUCAUCUCCUCUCUGUAAAUAUACAGUGUCUUUCUCCUUUUAGCCUUUUUUUCUCUUUAUUUUUUUUUUCUUGUCUGAAGAUUCAAGUUCUUUGAAUCCUAACUGACCAGGUUUUGGGUUGGAGGGAUUGUUCAAAGGAAAUGGCUAUAUAUGAGCAAGAUUCAGAUGUAAUCCAAUGGGGUCUUCGUCUUCUUGAUGGGGACCCACCUUUUUAUUCUGGGUAUUACGGUGGUGUACCUUAUACCAGAGAUCAUUAUGACAUAUCAGAUAGUACAGAUGUGGACAGUGAUGAGAUUAUUGCCCGCACGCUGCAAGAAGAAUUUUCACAGCUAGCUGUUGCUGAAAACUCUGGAUAUUCACCACCAAGAGAAGAGCACUUGCAAACAUUCAUUCACAAGCAUGAUUGGCAUGGCACAGGGAGCUACAAUUCAGACCAUGAGUAUAGUCAUGAAGAUGCAGAUGAUAUGGUUGCUUCUAGUUCAUCCUCCAGCCCUGAUAAUGUGGAAGAGUAUUCCUAUUCUCCAGAAUUUACUGAUGAAUGUGGACUGGAUGGGGAAGUAGGCAAGAGGCUGAAUCAAAUGAUUCCUAUCCCACAUGUUCCUAGAAUCAAUGGAGAAAUACCUUCAAUUGAUGAAGCAACUUCAGAUCAUGAAAGACUUCUUAAUAGAUUACAGGUAUAUGACUUUUUUGAGGUCAAGGUUCAAGGGGAUGGUAAUUGUCAGUUUCGUGCUUUAUCAGAUCAAUUGUACAACACGCCUGAUCGCCAUAAAGUUGUGAGGCAACACAUUGUAAAUCAGCUGAGAUCUCACCCGGAAAUAUAUAAAGGGUAUGUACCCAUGGAAUAUGGCGACUAUUUGAAGAAGAUGUGCAAGAAUGGUGAAUGGGGAGAUCAUGUCACUUUGCAGGCAGCUGCUGAUUCAUAUGGUGUGAAAAUACUUGUUAUGACCUCUUUUAAGGACACCUGCUACAUCGAGAUUCUGCCUAUCAACCAGAAGUCUAAAGGAGCAAUUUUCUUGAGUUUUUGGGCAGAGGUACACUACAAUUCAAUAUAUUUUCAAGGAGAUACAACUUCUAACGAGUACCGGAAGAAGAAAAAGUGGUGGAGUUUUGGGAAUAGGCACUAGAUAUGGUGAGCUCUCGUGGCCAAACGCCCCAUAUAUUCUUUGCUGCAAUGGCUGGUAUUUGGCUUGUGCAAAGUCUUCUUGGUGCAAUGUAUAAUGUCCCAAUUUUGCGGGUAUCCCUAGCAUGCCAGAUCUUUCUAUGAAGAAAGAGUGGAGAUCGGAAGCAUCAUAUCUUUGAGUUUUCUGAUUCUUUGGAUAUAAGAAUUGAGAUGGAUAAAGUUUGCAUUGAGUUUCAUAUCUGAUUCUCAUCGAGUUUCAUAGCAAUUAACAAAAUUUAAAAUAUGUCAGACUGAUGAUAUAGUUUUGCUAAAAAAACAGAAAGCAUCUUUAUAAUCUAUAUUUCUACUUUAUAUGCUGCUAA